AUAUUGGAUAGUGGUGGCAAUCUUUUGUGGAUGAACGAGCCACAAUCUUUUGUUUGUAGGAAGACCAUGAGAUGAGGCGAGAACCCAAGUGGACAGCGUACCCUGUUGUGGAGCGACGAUCAGUAACAUUGUUGUCCCAUGUUGCAUCAGAAUAGUCGGAGAUUUGUGAAUCUAUGCGAGUGCUGAAGUGGAGGCCAUGGUCUGGUGUAUCCCGCAAAUAAUGUAAGAUUCAGUUAACGUUGUACAAUGAUGUUGAGGAGGAGCAUGCAAGUGUGGGGCACAAUAAUUGAUAGCACGUGAUAGAUCGAGACAAGUGAACUGAAGAUACUGUAGAGACCCGAUGAUUUUACUGAUACAAGGAGCCAUCACGGAGUAGAGUGCAGUCAAGCUCUUUGGUGGUGACUGCAGCGGGAGUGUAGAUGGGCAUGACCCAUCAUCUUUGCUUGUGUGAGAAGUUGAGUGAUAUAUUUCUUUUUGUGAGAGAUGGAGUCCAUUAGCUUGUCGGUGAGCUUCAAUUCCGAUGAAAUAUGAGAUGAUGGCGAGGUCACAGACUGCGAAUUUAUGUUGCAAAAAUGUGAGAGUAGCAUGAAGCAACUUUGAUCAUUGCGCAUUAGUAUGAUGUCAUCCACAUAGACCAAUACAUAGAGAUGAAUAGUGUCAUGACACUAGAUGAAUAAGAAAAUGUACGUCUUGGAGCCACAGUAGCCAAAUUCAUCAAGAGCUUGGUGAACUAAGCGCGAGGAGCCUGUAUGAGGUCAUAGAGGGAGAGCUUAAGGUGGCACAUGGUUGGGUCGAUCAGGAUCAAUGAAGCCAGGAGGUUGUUGCAUAAAUACAUCCUUAGUGAGCGAGCCAUGGAGGAAGGCAUUGACAAUGUCUAACUACCUGGCCUACCAGGUAACUGCAAAAGAAACUAUACGUCGAAGGGUUGUGGGUUUAAUCACAUGAAUGAACAUGUCUCCUAAGUUCAGUCCAUGUCUCUAUUGGAACCCCUGAGCGACGAGACGAGCUUCAUAGUAGUCUAUAAAGUCGCUAGGAUUUGUCUUGAUGCAGAAUAGCCAUUUGCAAGUGAUGAUGUUGUGGUGAGGAGAGCGAGGGACAAGUGUCCAGAUGUAGUUCUUAAAUAAAGCGUUGAAAUCCGCAAGCACGACCUCCGUAAUGGAUUUUUCAUAGCUAUGCUAGGGGAGGUGGGUAAUGGGGGAAGAGAGGCGGUGAUAAAGGAUUUUGUUUUGAAACGACCGGUUUGGAGGCGAGUAACCAUGCGACGUGGAGGAGUGGGAUUGGGACGGGAAGUGGUUGUUGGUGGUGUUACAAUGGCGUGACGACGCGGAGGGCGACAAGGACGACUGAUGGGCGUGGAGGAAGAAGAUUGUUGUGUUUGCGUCGUCGGAGGAAGCAAAAUUUUAUGUUGCCAAACGUGUUAAUUUGGUCAAAUUGUCUAAAAACAAAAUAAUUGGAUCAAAUUGAUCCAUUCAAAUUCCUCAUCCAAACGACAUAACUCCUCUCAAUAACGCAUCAAACGCCCAAAGCCAAUCCCAAGGAACAAUGAAGUUUCAUAGGGUCUUUCAGUCUAGGUGCAGGUAAUUCGCAUAUCACAAACAUAUUUAUUUCACCGAGCCUCUUUCCGAGACAGUGCCCAAAUCGUUACGCCUUUUGUGAGGUUCGAAAGUUACACAACAAGAAAUUUCGCUUAUAACAAUAAUAGAUACGAUAACCGAUCACCGGGUAAAUAACUCUCUAUACGUUAGAGAACUUUACCUAUUGAAAUUUGGAAGGACCCAAAAGAGGAAAUUACUUUCCCAUUCAUUUAACUAAAGUACCCAAAAUUACUUUCCCCUAUUCGAACAACCGCGAUCCGUGGCUAGUCACUCUAAUAAACAAAAUUACCUUAAAGAAUCUUGUUAAUUAGGCAUCAGCCAAUCAACGAACAGAUCUUAAUGUCUCACAGCGGGUUCCACGAGCAAUAAACUGCACCCUCCCGCAGUGAAACACUCCCACCUCUUCCAACUAGGGUUUUUAAGAUUAGGAUGCCAAAGCUCACUCUCUUCACUUCUCUCAUUUUCUCUUCAGCCGCAGUGGCUAGGGUUUUCCACAUAUUAACUCUCUCACAAUAAUUUUCUCUCUCGUUUCUCCCCAUUUUCUCUCCCACCGAACACUCUCUUCAUUCGGCUAUGGCGUCCAGCAAUCAAUAGAGCGGUCUAUACUGUUCCAGAGGCUCUUUAAUUUGAUUGGUGAAGGGAGGGUUUCGCGAAGUAAUCGGAAGAACAGAAAUGGCGACCAUGAACCCCUUCGAUCUCCUCGGAGACGACGAUAACGACGAUCCUUCCUUGCUCAUCGCUAAGGCCGAGAAGGAGAAGCCUAAGGUUGCUGCCACUCCUGCUGCUGCUCAAGCUCCGCAAGGCAAGCUCGUUAAUAAGCCGCUUGCCCCUGCUCAAGCUGUGAGGGAAUCAAGAAAUGAAGGUGGGCGAGGAGGAGGAAGUCGUGGUGCUGGACCGCGCUCUGGCCGCGGAGGUCGAAGCGGUGGCGGUGGUUUCAACCGGGAGCCUAACAACUACGAUGCUGGUUUUGGGAACAGCAAGCCAUCUGAAGAUGGCGAGUCCGGGAGGACAUCUGAGAGGCGUAACUAUGGUGGUCCUCGUCCUGGUGGUAGUGGUGCUUUCCGUGGAGGCCGCCGAGGUGGCUACAGCAAUGGGGAAGCUGGUGAGGGUGAGCGCCCUAGAAGGCCUUAUGAGCGUCGCAGUGGUACUGGCCGCGGGAGCGAGAUGAAGCGUGAAGGGUCCGGUCGUGGAAACUGGGGGACUGCUUCAGAUGAUAUUGCACCUGGGACUGAGGAACCUGUGGUUGAGAAUGAGGCGAAUGCCACUGCUGAGAAGAAACCUGCAGAGGAAGAGGCUGCUGAUGCCAACAAGGACAGUCCUGCAAAUGAAACCGAGGAGAAAGAGCCUGAGGAGGAUAAGGAGAUGACUUUGGAGGAGUAUGAGAAGGUUCUUGAGGAGAAGAGAAAGGCUUUGCUUGCUCUGAAGACCGAGGAAAGGAAGGUCGAUGCUAAAGAAUUCGAGUCCAUGCAACAGCUGUCCUGCAAGAAGGAAAAUGUUGAAAUCUUUGCCAAGCUGGGUUCUGAGAAAGACAAGAAGAAAGAAACUGCUGCUGAAAGGGAAGAGAGGGUCAAGAAGGCUGUGAGCAUAAACGAGUUCCUGAAGCCAGCUGAAGGCGAUAACCCCUACAGAGGUGGUGGUCGUGGCAGGGGACGUGGGCGUGGUGAUCGUGGUGGUAGAACCGGCGGAGGAUAUGGAGGAGGCUACAACAGUCGCGACGUGUCAGCCCCAUCCAUUGAGGACCCAGGGCAGUUCCCGUCGCUGGGCGGCAAGUGAGGUUUUGCUGCAAGAAGAGAAGUCCGGUGUAGUCGAAGGGGGAUUGGUUUGUUAUCAUCAGGAGUCGCGCGCUCAAGAACAGAACGCAUAUUUUAAAUUCAACUCUUGUUUUAGUUUUAAUUUGGGUGUAAAUUUUAGAUAUGCCUGUCUUGGGUCUAUCUUCUGCCAGUGAUUCCUUUGCUGCAACUUUGGAUAAGCAUCAUACUCUUGUCGUCGCUUUUCUUUUUCAUUAUGUCCCCCUUUUUGUUAUUUUUUUGGUUAAAACAUAUAAGUUUAGGAGAGUCUUUGAGUCAUUUUGUCUUUUGAAACUUGGAUGGUUAGCAUUUAGAAUCAGUUUUGUUUUGUCAAAUUUAGGGAUUUGUAGUUGUACUAUCUUGCCAUUUUCGUUUUGGUCUCCGCUAUAUUUCCUUUUUGUGUUUCUCUUGAUAUUUUGUUGUGUUGAGCACUUCCAUAUCUUAUCGUUGAUUGAUUUGGGUCUCCUCAACUGCGCUUAGGUUUCUAACCCUAAGUACAGACACCAAUGUAUCUCACAACUUGGUUCAUUUUCUUCGGGAAGGCCUUCGUAGUAUGUGCUAUGGACCUUGGUGUGUUUUCCGUUAUCUUGAUGAGUUACAGUUUUAACUUUUAAGCGACUUGGAGUGCAAGGAAAUUCAACAACGAUGUAGGUUGAAUUAUCUUACUGUAAUAAUGGUGUUUGAAUUGCAGCGUCCAUAGCUUAAGUAAAGUAUGUUGUGAUAGGUUUGCCUCGUUAUUUCGGUUUUACGAGUCUCAUUAUUCCAGUCUAAUAAGAGUCAUGUGUUUCGUCCAAUUAUUAGCAAAGUGGAGUUUUGAUAAGCAUCGCCGAAUGUCUGAUGGUGCUUUCCAUUCCUAGUGAAAGAUGGAUGAGAGUGUUGUGCUCAUUGACCGUUUAACCAAAACUAUCUCCAGAGAGAAAGUUAAUUAUCAUCAAAUGAAUACUUCUGAUAUGA